AUGGAUCCUGACUCAUCCGUAACUGCUGAGUCAGCGGCUGAGACCGGCCCUCGACAAGUCAGCAAUGGAUUUAUCUCCUUGCGGCUAACUCUACGCCCCGACCCCAUCAACGACCAAGAAAGUGUUGAUUCUGGGAGCCCAACUACAAAUUCAAGGCCCCGCGAAAGGCCUAAGAAAGAAAGCUCUCCCAGCCAGCGCAAGCCCAGAACUUCUCGUCACACCGCGACUCGAUUUGCCCGCCACAGGCGACCGCCCAAAUCCCCUAGGCCGAUCAUGGCGCACGGUGCGGAGGACUGCGCAACCGUCUUAGAGCAAUUUGUUCACGAUGUGGCAAAUUUACCGCUUGAGAUCAAUCAUCUGAUGGAGGAGAUCCAAGCGAAAGACAAGACGAUGCAGGAAUGUCGGACCACCAUCAAUUCUCGGGACGGAAGUAUUCAGAAAUUCAUCAAGAUGAACGGCAGUCUAGCGCCGAACCCGAAAGAGGAGCAAUAUAGCAAAACAAUACUUCAAAAUCUCGACCAGUGCCAGCAGUUACAGGAUGAGAAGAUCCAGCUCAGCGAGAAGGCAUGCGUCCUGCUCGACCGACAAAUCAAACGACUAGACGUGCGGAUUCGGGAUCUCGUCAAUGAAGGCCUACUCUCGAAUGACCCGCCGCUGCCUUCGCUCUUCGAUAAUCACAAUAAAUACCGCGACCCGCCCAAGGUCUUCUUUCCUGAUUCCACUCCUGCCGACUCUCCCUCCUACGCCACGCCUCUCAACCCACCUUCCGGAACCUCGAACCUCGUCCUAGCAGCAGCCCAACGCCUGAGCCAAGCCGUCCCCCGCGCCCCGGGUCCAAUCUCUUUGGCCACACAAACAGGCGCACGAAGCUCUGCACCUGCAACUCCUGCUGGUGCAGCCGCUGUUCAAUUCCAACAACGCCAGCGUGAGUCCUCCGCGGGCGCCGUCGACAGCAAGCGCCGUCGCUUAAAUACCUCUCUCGGUACGCUUCCCGCUGCCUCAUCUAAUCUUCGACAAUCUUCGCUCGGCCCUGGUACCCCGAAGGCCGGCACACCGGCCGGCAGCCGCGCCGGCAGCGCUGGCCCGCGCGCCAGUACUGGUAUCAAAAAGGCUUUGACCAAGAAGGUUGCGCCACACCAGCAGGUGAAGAAAAUUAAGACAGCAGCCUCUCACAACAAGCACAACAAGCGCUCUUCCAGUGCUAGCGGGCGCGUCAAGUCCUCGAAGAAGUCGCCCACGGGCGAGGGCGAGGAAGAUGACGACUCCAUGCUUAGUAGUGCUGACAUGUCGGACUCGGAUAAGAGCGACGACGCCGGCGGUGAUGAGGACGUUGAUGAGGAGGAUGAUGAGGAUGAGGGCGCGGAAGAUACCCGGGUUUACUGUACCUGCCGCACUGUCAGCCAUGGCGAUAUGGUCGCGUGCGACAACGACAGCUGCCCGUACGAGUGGUUCCACUGGAAGUGUGUCGGGUUGACGCGGGAGCCCGUUGGGACCUGGUACUGUGACGAGUGCCGGAAGACGCUGGGCAAAUAG